AUGAAAUUCCUCGACUACCCCGAGCUCGAAUCUCUCUCCAAUACUCUCACCUUCGAAUCUGCCGAAUGCAAGGUCUUCACCCGCCUCGAGGCUUACUCGUGCAAGGCUGUCACCAAGGAGAAGCGUCUCUUUAAAGCGCUGGAGUCUGCAUAUCAACAGACGGCGUCGACGUCGCCUCAGGACUAUCUCGAAGGCGCUCUCGACUCUCCUUUUGGCAGACUCGACCAACCUGCAGCGCGAAAGACGCUCUUCCUCCUCAUAUCGCUGCUCAACGGCGUCUUCCCUGAUCAUGACUUCAGCCAGGUCAAUCCAGCAGAUUUCCGCAGAGAGGUCAGCCCCGCAAUGGUCUUGCAUAGUUUGAGCACGACUUUGCAUAGCCUGCGAAACGGGUCAGGAGGAGGGCCUCGCUCGUACAGCACCUUCACCGGUUCCUUCGACGACACGGAGCAGAUUGCCGCUCGCUUUGCGACUUCUCAUCCUUCGUCGUCGGCCGGCAGCCCUCCGACUCGCCCCUUUGGAGCUAUCGAUGGUGCCACGCAUGCCGGUCUUGCCAGUCUCUUCGAUGACAUCAUGGACAUUCGCGAGUGCGAAGUCUACACCUUCCAUCCGGACAUGGACUCGGACCCGCACGCAUGCCCUGAGCCUGACGAGGAAGGGUCCGGCUUCUUCGACAGUGGCAAUGCCUACUACGAUGACGCCGACGACAGCACGGGCGCCUACGCAACGAGCGAGGGCCCGCAGACCCCUCGCACGCCUGGCAGGAGUGCUCAGCGUGGGGAAACAGACCAGCGUCGUCGCGGCGAUUUUGCAUCGAGUAGUCUUACCUCUGCGAGCUCUAUGGGCGCAACUACCGACGAGGACGAAGAUAUCGACGGUAUCGGCGGCCUUCUCUGGUCGACCUAUGCCUUCUUCUACAACCGGCGCCUCAAGCGUGUGCUGUUCGUGUCGGUCUGGUCCAGG